UCCGCUUUUAAAGCUGAAUAGAGGACCUUUUGUCAGAGUAGGGAACAAUAUACCUUUGGCAUAUCUACAAAACUGACGGCUUGUUAUCAUUGGAUACCGAUACCGUAUAUCGAGAAAACAGAAACCAGGCCAGCAUGUCCGAUUCGGACAGUGAAGAAUCCCAGCAUUCCUCGGCAGAAGAGGAGGAAGAGGACGACGACGAAGACGAUUCAAGCGAGGAAAAUGAUUCAGAAGAAGAAAGUGACGACGAGAAAGGAAGUGAGGAGGAAAACACCGAUGAUGAUUCUGACGAAGAUUCGGACGAUGGUGAAGACGAAAAGAGUGACAAAAGUACGGACGAUGAAGAGUCGGAGGAUGAGGAAUCUGAUACUGAGGAUAGAAAAGGUAAAAGGCAACGUAAACCUAUUGAUACAGAAUCAAGAGAGACACAAACUGAACCAGACCUGACUUCAGCGGAAUCACAAACUGAUGAAUUCUCAGGACCCCUUCAAAGUUAUAGAAACGAAAACAAACGAGAAUAUGAGGAUAAAGCAUGUGAAACCGAAAAACCUAUAAUAAACGUACUCGAAAAAGAGUCUCAGACAAACGAGGAACAUCACAUAUCAAAAGACACCUCAGAAGAAACUAAGGAUUCAUUAUUAGGUAAGGAAAGCAUACAACAAAACAGGUCAGUUUCACUAAUGUCUUCUUCAAGACCUGAACUGAAGGACAUGGAGGUAAUGACUGAUGUACAGAUAGGAGUAGAAGAAAGCUGUAUCCUCUCUCCAAUACCCGACCGGACAGAAGCAGCAACUCAUAUAUUCACCAGUCACAAGAAAAUUCAAACAGAUGAAAUUACAUUGGUAUCGCGAGAGUAUACACAGGUAAGCAAGGAAGUGCAAACAGAUAAAAUCAAACAGUUAUCGCAAGAGUAUACGCAACUACGCAGUACCGAAACAGCUGGGGUACCAACAGGUAGAGAAUCAGUGCCUUUGAAGGUAAAUGAAAAUGCUUUGCUUACAAUGUCAGAGGAGAAACGAAAAUCGGAUCAAGGGGUGCAGGCUGAUGUUAUAUCGAGGUCACGUAGAGUGGGCACUCAAACAAAAUUGAAGCAUUACCAUGUCAGAACUCUUACCAGUGGACUUAUAAAGCGAGUAAACAUGCAAACAUACACCUCAGGGCUAAUAUCUAAAUCAGAGAAAAGUGUUUCUACAGUGGGCGUCAAGAUGAAGAGCAGAAAGACGCAAACAACAGAAAAGUACAUGACAGAGACAAACAAUAAAGAGUCUGGAGAGGAAACAAAAGUAUUAAAUCAAAAUUCAAGAAAAACUAAGCAUUCAAGAUCACGUGAUAUUGUUGCAUCAAAGGAAUCUAAAACUACCGCCAUUAAUACUAGAGCUGAAGAUAACAUGCCCAGUACUAUGAAAACCGAAGAAAAGACCGAAGAACAGGAGAAAAGUCGAGAAAGUAACAUAUUAGAGACUGUUUUAAAUUUAGAGGAUAAAUCUGAUACAAAAAAGAAAAAGGACAAGGAAAACCUUCACAAGCGCAGGCGAAGAAAAAGGGAAGUUUAUUUCUGGCCAUUACGUCAUCCGUCACCAGGCCCGAAAACGAAAUCUCCCAAACAGAAACGACCUCAAACACGCCCCAAAUCAUCAGCACCUCCUAAAAAGAAGAGCGCAGAACGUGCACAUAAUAGACCACUGUCAGCAGCUCAAUAUAGAAUGCUGUAUCAUCAUCGCUGGGCAGAUAUUCCUUUCUAAUCGUCUAUAUCACGGUACUAAAAUCCAGGGAAUAGUUUCUUGUACUGAUAUAUACUCAAUCUUCAGUGCAAUUAAUUGCAUUUAAUUGAACUCUGUUAUUGAUUUCAUUAUUUUCCAUUGUAAUAAUAAUUUGAUCAACUUAUGGAAUAAUCAUGAUAACUAAAAUCGAGACUGAUAAUAGUGGCUUUCAAUUGUCUAGAAAUGAUCAACUGAUAGAUAUUUACAUGUAUAUUCAUGAGUUUGACGCUAAUAUCUCCUGUACUCAAAUUUUAUUUUCACGUCGAAGUAAAAUUUAUGAAGAAAAAACCCAAUGUUGUUUGAACGAGAAGAGCAAAUUUACUUCAAGAAACUUUAACUACUCCACUAUUUCCGACUGAUCAUAUCUUUUUUUAAAAAGCAUAAUGCCUUGAAAUUACUUUAACGUACAAAGUUGGAGCAUUUAAAGAUCUAACACUUAAGUCUAACACGUUAACAUCACCCAUACUAUUUAAAAAAACACUUAAAGAAUGUUUUGAUUAUUUGCAUGACAGCCAUUUAUUUAUUUAUUACAUUAAAAUUUAAUAAAGGGUAGUAACAAAUGUACAUGUAGUUAGAUUUUCUCUGAACACAUGCAAAAAUUCUACCUCUGGAAACAUUCUUGACACAUUGUUUGGAUGGCAAAGCGUAUGCUGUUAAAGUAUAUGAUAAUUUUGUAUUUCAUUAUAUUUGAAUUGUGCGAUGUUUUUGUUAUUGAAUGUUAAUGAGAUACUUUGCAUGCCAUCCUUUACAAGUUUGUCAAUGCAUUUAUUAUUUCUUUUCAUUAGGUUUUAGAUCAAAACAAUCUUUGCAUGAUAGAAUACCUCGUUUGGAGGAGUGAAUUCAAAGUUGAAUUACAAUGACAUUAAUUGUUACCCAAAUAGUAAAUUUGUACAAGUUUUAUUUUAUUAGUUAUAGAAAAGUUUGAAAUACUUAUGAAUAAUCAAGAUAUAUUCCACUUAUUUACAGUAUAAUGAAUACAAACACUAGAAAUAAAAUUUAAAUGUGAAUUAACAAUCCACAAGCAUUAUAUUUAGUUUUGAAGAGGUAUCUCUGAGUGCAUGUUAAUGAGAAAGUUUACCAUCAUUUUAUAUUUCUAGUAAUGGUUAUGUAUUGCAUCAUUGUAAGAAGUAAUAUAAAGUAAUGCAUAAAACCUAAGA